AUGGCUUCCACUUACAGCUGCUAUUCACUUUCACUCUCUCCCAUACCCAAUUCACCAAACCUCAACAAAACCCAACUCUUUUCCACAAGGCAUUACACCCCAAGCCCGUUUUCCAGCUCCAUUUCCAAACCUUGGAGCCCUGGAAUUCGAGCUACCAACUCAUCGUCGCCGUCCACGGCAGUUGAAGAAGCUCUCAAGGCCAGCCAGGAAGCAAUGAGCAUUGAGAAUCUUCAGAGCUUCGUCAAUAUCAACUUGGGCAAGUGGAAUGGCUCCUUCUUUCAAUUUGAUGCUAUGGGGAAUCUGUUGCAUAAAGUGCAUACCAAGCUUUCAGUAAGUUCUUAUGGAGAAGAUGAACUCCUCAGUCUCAUUCAAACGUUAUAUAUUAAACAAGCUGCAUCAAGUGGAUAUGAAGAUGAGGAAGAAUGGGCGGAAUACAAAAUCAAGGAAACCAACAUGUUCACUGUGGACAAAUAUCAACAGAUUGGCUUCUUCCCCAAUGAGAGAGCAUUUUCUCUGAGGUACCAGACGGCUGGCAUGUUAGAAACUGUGUUAAGACAAGGGGUUCUUGGGGAAGAUGACACCGGUGAAGAAUCUCCAAAAAAUCUAAAGCUUCCCUCCCGUAAGCCUUCUAUUGUAUGUGAGAGUUGUCUAUAUUCACUGGAAAAGGAUAUGCGAAUACGAGCAUUCCAAAUCAUGGACCCAAAAGGUUUUAGCGAGAUGCUUCUCAUCUUCCUUGAGGAAAGAGGUGACGGGGUGCUUCUUCCUCCUUCCAUCGACAAUAAUGCGGAAGGCACAGACAGAAUUUUGCCAUUUCUUGGCAAGUGGAAAGGUCAUUCCAUAACAAAAAGGAGUGGUGUUUAUGGAUCAACAAUGGCCGAAGCUGAUACAGUAGCAUCUCUUGAAAUAGAUGAUAACGGCCAAAUUAUUCAGGACAUUAGUUCCACGUCUGCUGCUGGUGAUGUUACCACUAAUGUGCCGUGGACAGGCAUCAAGUCAGACAAUUUGGUUACAUUUAAUGGAGGUUACCAGAUGACACUAUUGCCUGGUGGCAUGUACAUGGGAUGUCCUUGUGAUGUAGGCAAGAAUGUUGCGGAAUCUGCAUCAUUCCAUCUGGAGUUCUGUUGGGUCGAGUCCCCUGGCAAGAGACAAAGACUAGUUCGCACUUACGAUGUUGAAGGUUUGGCUGUAUCUACAACUUAUUUCUAUGAGACAAAACUUUGAUCUUGUAGAUACACUUUUAGAAA